AUGUUACACUGGAGCUUGUGGGCUCUGAUGCCCUUCCUAUACGCCGAGACCGAUGUGUCUGGGCAUCAAAAUCAUUGGCUAGUUCCAGCUAGAGGGAGGGAUUGCAUAUGCCCAUCUUUGAUCGAGGCGACGGUGGAUGACCUUCGAGAUGGCCUCAGCAAGGGCUGCUUCUCGAGCGUUGACCUGGUCAAUGCAUAUAUGACCCGGAUACAUGAGGUCAAUUCGACACUCCAUGUGGUCCUAGAGGCUAAUCCCGAUGCACUGGACAUUGCUCGGCAGCUUGACUUGGAAAGAAAAAUUGGACUGGUUCGAGGGCCUCUGCAUGGCCUCCCCAUUUUCGUCAAGGCAAAUAUAGGCACCAAGGACAAGAUGGGAACAACCGCCGGCUCCUAUGCACUUGUGGGAGCACAGACAGAUGAGGACUCAACAGUUGCGAAGAAGCUCAGAGAUAACGGUCUCGUCAUACUUGGCAAGACGAGCAUGUCAGAAUGGGCGAAUUUCAGAUCUCUCAACUCUUCCAACGGAUGGAAUGCCCAGGGCGGACAGACAUAUGGAGCUUAUUACCCAGAGCAAGACCCAAGUGGUAGUUCGAGUGGUAGUGGUGUGGGCACUGACCUGGGUCUUGCUCUGGCAGCGCUUGGUACAGAGACCAAUGGUAGCAUCUUGUCUCCGAGCGAGAAGAGUAACAUUGUCGGCAUCAAGCCAUCUGUUGGCCUCACGUCGCGGCAUCUGGUAAUCCCGGUCAGCGAGCGCCAAGACACGAUUGGACCUAUGGCCAGAACCGUCAAAGACGCAGCAAUGAUCCUGCAGGCCAUUGCUGGCCCAGACAAAAAGGACAACUAUACAUUGGCCUCUCCAUUCGGCUAUAAUGUGCCAAAUUACGCAGCGGCCUGCAAGUUCUCUGGACUUGAGGGAAAGCGCAUUGGAAUUCCCCGCAACGUUAUCAACACGCUGGACGCUUCGUAUGCACCCGUUGUUUCUGCGUUCAACGCCGGCCUUUCCGUGAUAUCUGCUGCAGGCGCAACUAUAGUCGAGGAUGCGGACUUCACGGCAUAUGACGAGUAUCUCAAAACGAUGAUCCCAGCGUCCAUGGUGGCGGCUGACUUCGUGAGCAAUAUCGUUUCUUAUCUGUCAAUGCUGAAGACAAACCUAAAUGGUCUUCAGAAUCUGGAGGAUAUUCGACGCUAUAUCCAGAAAGAUCCUCUAGAGGACUAUCCGUCGCGAGAUACAGGGUUAUGGGACAUGACGCUUGCCGCUAACAUCAACAACACGUCCCCAGAAUUUUGGCCAAUGUAUCUGCAGACGCUGUUCUUUGGUGAAGAGGGGGGCCUUAUGGGAGCCCUGUCCCGCAACAACCUUGAUGCUGUUGUUCUUCCCACAGUUCUUGCUUCCGGCAUACCUGCUAUCCUUGGGACGCCAGCCAUCACAGUCCCACUGGGGUCAUUUCCUAACGGAACAGCGAUUCAACACAAUGAACGGGGAAAUUUAGUUGAGCAGGCUCCUGGAAUUCCUUUUGGCAUCAGCUUUCUGGGACCAAAAUGGAGCGAGGAGGCUUUGAUAGGCAUGGCCUACGCAUUUGAACAGCGGACGCUGAUUAGGAAGAAGUUGCAGCGAUACAUCGAACCAAGAAGUGAGUUGAGGAGUUUGUUGUAG